AUGACUGUACGUAGUACACCAUUUGAAGCAGCAAAACAAGGUGAUGAAAAUACAGAUAUACAAGUUAUCCAAAUUGUUGCACCAGAACUUUAUAUAGCUAUUGGUAUAUCAGGUGCUAUUCAACAUAUUGCUGGUAUGAAAGAUAGUAAAGUUAUUGUUGCAAUUAAUAAAGAUGGUGAUGCACCAAUACUUUCGAUGGCUGAUUAUGGACUUACUGAAAAACUUAAGAAAAUUAAACAUUUUAUAUUACUUUUCAAUAAAUACAUUCCACUCUUUCAUCAAUCUUAUCCAUCAUUGCAACAUGUUCCUGAUAAAGAUCGUAUCAGAUGUAAUUGGACACAACACGAGAUGGCAGCUCGUGUUGAUGCUAUCGAAAGAUAUAUCAAUGGAAAGAAAUAUCAACAAUUAUUAAAGAAAAAAUUAGAUACUGAUUAUUUAAAUAAAUUCAAGGAAUUUCUUGAACCAAGUACAAAGAGAAAUCAUGAAACACAAUUCUUUUGUAAAUUAACAUGGCGUUAUUUAAAUAAAGAACCACAUCAUAUUAUGAGACAUUUAGAAGGAAAACGAUUUAAACGUGCUUAUAUUCUUUGGCAAAAAUAUCAAGAAAAUGGUACAGAAUAUAUUCCAAUAGGUAGACGAAAAAAGAAACCACAAACAUUACACGAUAAUGAUGAUGAUCAAUAUAUAGAUAUGAGUGAUGAUGAUGACGAUUUAUCAGAUUUAUAUCCUGACUUUCAUUCUAAACAUGCUGGUAAUCCAGAAGUCGAACAAAAUACUAUUGGUGGUAUAAAACGAAAAGCACAAAUAUCACAAAGUAAAAAAAAGGCAAAAAAAUUAGCUGCAUCAAAUUCAAAACGUAUGCGACUAUUUGAUGAAUCAAUAAAUGAUAAUAAUGCAAUUAAAUCGACAGAAAUAACGACAUUAAUCAUAUAA